CACUUUCUAGGCUGUAUAUGCCAGGAAAAACCAAGCCUCAACAACAGAAACUUUCUCGCUUAGCCACUUUGAACUCUAAAAAUACAUCCAUGCAAGAUCCAAAGCAGCCCGCAUAUGAUUUGGAUGUGACACUCGGCAGCAUUUCAUCUCAACCACCACACACUCGCCCUCGCCCUUGCCCUCGCCCUCGCGCUCAAAAACAGCCACAACAGGUCACCAGCCACCUAGCUGAGACAGAGCACCAGGGAGCACUUGGUCUCCUUGUCCUUGCAGCACAACAGUCGGCAGCGGGAAUCGAUAAUGCGGAAGCCAGUCACCAACUAGCCAACAUGUUGCCUUCCUAUCCCAGAAGGAACCGCAGCCACAAAGAUGCCGACAUUGGAAUACAUAGUCAGGAGAUUGUUAAUGGUCAGAGUGAGAACUCCGUGGUGCACGCAAACGAAGCAACAUCCGGAGGUGAUUAUCAGUGUCCAGUGAACCAGGGACAGGCCGAAAUAGCAGGAGGAAGGCACCAGAAUGCUAUCAAUGUGCCAAAAGUACUGUACAAAGUUGAAACAGAAGGUGGUGACUGGCGAGGCGUCCGACUUCCUUUGUCACUGCCUUUUCCACAGUGGCAACAGGAGGUCACAAUGGCUUCACGGGUAGCCACCUUCAUCCCAGAAUUCAAAUGGAAAACUAGCGCCACGGGAAAGGGCACGCUACUAUGCAAUAAAGAUGAUUACCUACUCAUGAUUGAAAGUGUGCAAGCCGAGGGCACAAAGAAAGCCAACAUCAUAGUAUUUAUCGAAAUUCGGAAUCUACCUAGAUCCGAUAAUGAAAAGCCAAAAAAAUCCAAAGCCACUGGCACAAAGGCAUCACGGGUUCCAAGCAAAACGCAGAGUAAAAAGCGGCAAGCAAAGGAGUCCAGUGGGAGCUCAUCUUCUGAUUCGGAGGAUGGAGAUGAUAAGGGCUCCAAUGAGGGUGAAAUUGAGGGAGAUUCUGAAAGGCAAAGCCGCAAAAAGCCGCGUCUCUCAGUCUCAAGCAACACAAUCAAGCACUAUACCCAAGCGUUGCUCAGCAACGCGGUAAUGUGCUCUGUCCAUCAGAAACCUUGUUCAAUCCUACCAUCUGGGGUACAUGUCCCUCUUGAGGAGGUUACGCUAAAGGGGUGGGCGCUAGCAAUAGUAAGAGCUCAAGAUUCCCGCAACUAUACUGCCACUGAAUGA